AUGCUGAAAAUUAAGAGAGCUGGUGAUGAUCUAACAGAAAGCUCCAAAAAGAACAAGAGAAUCUGCACUGACGGAGCAGAGACACUUGAUCUGUUGACUUCAGGUGAAUUACAUCCGGAUGGCAGUUCGGAAGAACCGAUUGAUAGCUUUAGUGAUUCUGGUCAAAGUGUCUGGAGUGAGCUCAGUAAAGAAGUCACCUCAAAAAUUUCUAGAACUGUUGUCUCCCUUGCUUUGUCUGAUGGACAUUCGGUGUUAUUUGCAUGCUCGGGCAUAGCCUUGCAAUGUGGGAUGCAAGCCACAAGGUUUCUGACUUCAGCAAGUUUGAUUAAAGCUUUCAAUGAUAAAAAAAGAGAAGGCCAUGAUAGCUUGAAAAUUGAAGUGUGUCGCAACGGUGAUGUUGCCAGAGGGUUAUUGGGAUACUAUGAUUUGGAUCAGGGGAUUGCUCUUGUCUACAUAGUGUUCGUCACCCUUGGUGUUCAUCCAGUGGAUCUGAAGAUAUUAAUGGCCACAAGUGGGAUAUUACCUAAUGAUUCAAGUGGAUCUGAAGAUGGCAAACAGCUUAUGCUUUCCACUUGUAAAAUCUCUGAGGCUUGGGAAGGUGGGCCACUUUUUGAUUGUGAUGGGAACCUUUUUGGCAUGAACCUUUCUUUGGUUGCGGAAAGAACUUCCUUCGUGCCAAGGAGUACAAUUAUCAAAUGGUUGGAGAAAUUUAAGCCAAAAAGGGAAGUUGAGAGGUUCAGUUCCCACAAGGAUAUGAAAAUACAGAGGCCAGUGCAGCCCAUGCCAUAUUGCACCUAUGCAAGAGACAGAUCUGGUGAUCUAGACUCCUUGGGUUAUCCAAAGCCAUCAAAAACCAUUGUCAGUGAGGGCUUGGUUUUGGUUAAUACCUUCGAAGAGACUUUUGGUGACAUAUAUGAUUCUGGUAAAGGUAUCUGGAGCCAACUCACAGAAAUGGGUUCUCAUAGUUUACCUCGACGAGUUGUCGCACUCGCUUCAUUCAGCGGAGAAAGGAGGUUUUUCGCAUGCACAGGCUUAUUUAUUGAAUGGAAUGGAUGCACCCCCAUUCUGACUUCAGCGAGUUUGGUUAGUGAUCCUAAAGAUGGAAACAAGAUUGCUGAAAAGUUGAAGAUUGAAGUUUUGCUUCCAAACAAUAAAUGCAAAGAAGGGGAAUUGCGAUAUUGUAAUUUACACUACAAUGUUGCUCUUGUCGUUGUCAAGGAUUUCUGCUGUCUUCGUCCAGUUAGAAUUCAUGAAGAUUGGUGGAAUCCUCUAAUUCUGGAAGAUUCCAAUGUAGUAGCUGUGGGGCGCUGCUUCAAAUCUGGCAGGUUAAUGGCUGCACAUGGGAGACUAACUGACUGGUCAGGCGUGCUUGACUACAGAGAUCUUAGGUACUCCAGUUGUAAGAUCACUAAGGCUGGGAUUGGUGGGCCUCUGAUUGACUUUAAAGGGAGAUUUGUUGGCAUGAACUUCUAUGAUAAGAAAAUAGGAACCCCGUUCUUGUUCAGGGAUUGUAUUAUUCGAGUGCUGGCACAUUUUAAGGAAAAUGGGACUGUUGAAGUUGGCAGCGGUAAACCAAUCAGGUGGCCGGUGCCCAUACCGUGUUGGCGUCAUCCGGACGAUGAGCUCAAAGAUUCGCUCCCACUUGGCCACGGGGAAAAAUCUGGGAGGUAUGGAUUCACAUAUGUGGAUGGAGACAGGGUUGACAACCAUAGAUCUCGUCAUGCCCUUGAUCUGCUCCGUUGA